AUGGUCUUCUGUUACCAAGAGACAACCUCAGUUGCCGCAAUGACUCGCUUCCCAAAUAGCCUCUUCUUCAGCUUCUUCUUCAUCUUGAUAACUUUCAAAGAUGAAGCCAAUGCAUUGGAGUGUCAUGUAUGUGCUGGAGCAGAAUCAGCACCAUCCUUCAAUGCUGUGAACAUAUUGGAAACUUUGAACAUUUCAAGCUUCCCUGUUCGGGGAGAUUGCAAAGAUAAAAGCUCUUCAAAUAUUUGCACGAAUGGAUUGUUCUGCACCAAACAAGCAGUCAUAUACUCAAUUGAAUAUAACAGUCUUAGUCUGAAAUGGACAACAUUUGAAAAGGGUUGUUACGUUGAAAGUCAGGGUUCCACCAGUCCUUCCAAAGGUUGUACGGAUGGUGCGACGACUACUCAUGAAGGAUACAAAAAGACUCUACGCAACUGCUAUUGCGACAAGGACUUCUGCAAUGCCGACAGCUUCAUAACGAUUUCAACAUCAAUCUCAAUGGCUUUAUUGGCUUUCCUUAUAAGUUCUUAA